ACAUACAAAAUAAUCUCUGCUUCCUCCCUGACUGUAAGAAAAAAAGCUCACAAGAAGCAUUCCAACAGUACAAGCAAUUCUCUCUCUCUCUCUCUCUCUCUCUCUCUCUCUCUCUCUCUCCCUCCCCCUCCUUUUUAUUCCUACAGCUUAAAAUCUGUGCUGCUAUUUGAAGAGAGCUAAACGAGACCAUUUCACUUCUUUGACGGGAUCAUCUAGACAGUGUACUACUUCAGGAUGGGGACUUCUGAACCUGAGUAUUAUGAGACCUUUGGAGACUUCCAUGGAGUUCUAAUGGAUCGACAGUUCACUAAAGAUUGGGAUGAUGUUGAAGCAUUCUCUGCAAGGCCAGAUGAUCUUCUCAUUGUUACUUAUCCAAAAUCUGGCACAACAUGGGCUAGUGAAAUUGUGUAUAUGAUUUAUAAAGAGGGUGAUGUGGCAAAAUGCAAAGAAGAUGCAAUUUUUAAUCGAAUACCUUACCUGGAAUGCAAAACUCAUCAUAUGAUGAAUGGUGUAAGGCAAUUAAAAGAAAUGGAAUCUCCCAGAAUAGUGAAAACUCAUCUACCAAGUAAGCUGCUUCCAGCAUCUUUUUGGGAAAAGAAUUGCAAGAUGAUCUAUCUUUGUCGCAAUGCCAAGGAUGUAGCGGUUUCCUAUUAUUACUUUUUUCUAAUGAUACCCUCUUACCCAAAGCCUGGAUCCUUUUCAGAAUUUGUGGAAAAGUUUAUGCAAGGACAAGUUCCCUAUGGCUCCUGGUAUGAUCAUGUGAAAUCUUGGUGGGAAAAGAGUAAGAAUCCACGUGUGCUGUUUAUUUUCUAUGAAGACAUGAUAGAGGAUAUCAGAAAAGAAGUGAUAAAAUUGAUAGAGUUUCUGGAAAGGAAACCAUCAGAGGAGCUUGUGAACAAGAUUAUACAACAUACUUCAUUCCAGGAGAUGAAGAACAAUCCAUCUACCAAUUACACAACAUUGCCAGAGGAAAUCAUGAGCCAUAAAGUAUCAUCUUUCAUGAGAAAAGGAAUUACAGGAGACUGGAAGAAUCACUUCACAGUAGCCCUGAAUGAGAAAUUUGACAUGCACUAUGAGCAGCAAAUGAAGGACUCUACCCUGAAGUUUAGAACUGAGAUCUAAAAAGUUUCCUUUUCUUUGCUUAAAUUUCCUUUUAAUUUUU